CUGUUGGGUUCUUGUUGUUGUUGUUGUUGUUGUUGUUAUUGUUGUUGUUGUGAGAAGUUUCUAUACGAACAGUGACCCAGGCAUGAGCACUCCAACCAAUAGACGAAGAACAGAUCCAACACGGACCAAAGAUACCCAAGUCUCUUAGUCAGCUGUAGCCUCACGCAGUGAAUACUGAGCAUGGUUCACGAAGGCGCGCGUGCGGAUGAAAUAAAGCUUGGUUGCCCCGCAUCCCUCCGUGUCUUGCAUCGUAUCAGUACACCUCACCAUUUUUUCACCCGAGCCUCAAACAUGACCCUACGCUUCUGCCGACCCUGCGGAGAACGGAAGAUUCCGGAUACCUUAUGCCAAGCUUGUCGAGCGAGGUACUAUUGCUCUCGGGAAUGCCAGCAGACGGACCAAGUUCGCCAUCGCAGCGAAUGCGUCCCAUCGGUUCCGGUCGAGGGGGCGACAUCGAUUGAUUGGAAAGUGCAUCUGUCCUCGACCGUCCAGCAGUUCGAGCAAGAAGCCCUCCUCCGACGAGGUGUAACCAAAGAGCCUCCCGCUGUCUUGGAUCCAUGGUGAUUUCUCUCAUCCCCAAGGAACUUUAUCACCGUGCGCCUUGUAAUUGACGGGCGAAAACAUGCGAGCAUAUAUCUGUUCCCGGAUUUGGAUAUCCGGUGG